UUUGGAAUGCAUGGGACCUAUUAAAGAGCCCUUCAUUUCCAACUUAUGGUUUUAUUGUUUGGGUUGCCAAGUGUCAAGUAAGUGGGUGUCAUUCUUGUGGCCACUUCCUAUUGAUCAGGGGCAGACACUAAGGAAAAGGGGGCUAUAGUCUAAAUGGACUGAAGGUGGGGAUGACAAGGGAGGAGGGUGGAACAGAGAGGCUCAGGAGGACAGAACAAAAUACAUUAAGUUUCAUUUUGAGAAACUGGAAUUGGGGGGAUGGUUGAUGCUCUCUCUGGCUGGAUUUUGCUGACAUUGGGGUGUCCUAGUUAGGGAGGCGAGGAAACUGGGAUAUUGGCCAAGUCAUGGAAGAACAAGCUGUGUAAUUCACUAUCCAGGCUCUAGGGAACCAGCUAGGCCUGGGGAAGUGUAGGCAGCAUUGAAGCAAUUUGUGAGGUUUGAAUCUGGGGCUAGCUAUAUUGGAGCUGCCUAGGAUGCGAAUCCCAGGAGGGAUAUGUGGGCUGUUUAGUUGCUGGAGCAGUUUGUAGUUGAUUUAAAAUCUGCUAGGACAGAUAGACAGACAAACGGUAUUGGCUUUUCUUGGUUAUCAACUUGACUAUAUUUGGCAUGAACUAAAAUUCAGAAAUGGAAGGCAUACUUGUUAGAGAUAUUCUGCUUGGUGUUAAGUGGGUGAAUCCACUUCUAGUCUGGACCUCAGCAUUCAGAAGACACAACUCUGAUCUGGAUCUUGAAGUGGGAAGAUACAGCUAACUGCUGGAAGCCGAUAUAAGGGCAUGGAAGAAGGAAGGUUUGGUUUUUUGCCUGCUUGCCCUCACCUUGCUACUACAUACAUUCCUUCACUGGCAUUAAAGCCUAUGUCUUCCAGAUGCUAUGCUAGCACACACAGAAGACCAGCUCAUGAGACCCCCAGCGUAGAUUCUUCUUUCUUUUCACUGCUCACCAUUAUUGGACUGCAGCUGAGAUUCUCAGUGACAAGUGCGGGAAGCUGCCAAGGUUAAGGUGGAGCAUAAAGAAAUGCCUCACGGUAAACACCAUGAAAAUACAGGAAACAAGGAGGACAUUACUUAUGCAGAGGUGAAGAUGACGAAAUCUCCACAGAUACAAAGAAUACCUAAAGCCAAGCAGAGCCCUGUAAUGCUAAGCGAAGAACAGUUAAACUAUGCAGAACUGACAUUCCAAAGAACACCUCAGCUCCUGCCCCCAAAACGGGUUGUCAGAGGAAAAAGAGAAGGAUCCAAAACAACAGUGUGGAGAAUGGUAACAGGCAUCCUUGUUGCCUUGUGUGUGGUGCUGAUAACAACCAUUGGGAUCUUACUUCCAAAAUUAUUAUCUAGACAAGAAGAACAAUGCAGAAAAUGCUUACUUCAUGACCAUCUGUGUCCUAAGGAGGAUAAUGACACCUGUGAUCUUUGCUCACAAAACUGGACUGCUUUUGGAAACAAUUUCUAUCAGGUUUUUCGGGAAAUCAAAACCUGGGCAGACAGUCAGUCUUCCUGUAAGGAACUGAAAUCUCAUCUUGUGGAGAUAGACUCCAAAGCAGAGCUGGAAAACUUGCUAGUGUUUGGAAUUGAUGGGUGGAUUCUGCUCAAAACCAAUGAAACUGAUGGGUCCUGGUUGUGGGAAAAUGGCACUAAAAUAGAGCAAAUUCUAAUUAAUGAUUCAGAGAAGAAGAAUCAUAGUUGUCCUUAUUUCAGUGGAAAUCGAUUUUAUCCUACUGAUUGUUCAUCUAAGAAAUCAUACACCUGUGAGUUUAAUAUACCAUGACACCUAUUUCACUAGCACAUUUUUAUUAAACUAUAAAUGAUAAAAUAUGUCUGAAACUUAUUGGUAAUCUACAAAUUUUACACCUGAGCUUAGCUAAAAGGCUAAUAAGUGAUGACUUUUAAAUUUUGAACAUUUUUUACUGAACUGAGAAAAUGUUGAUUACUUUUUUUACAUUAUAUAUAUUGUAUUGAGAGUGAGUAUAAUUUAUCUUGAGGAUGAUCACCACUCUGGCACAAUUUUUAUAGUUAUGACUAAAUUAGGUAUGAAAUACCAUAUAUAUUCAGUACCUUUGCAAACUCCAAGAGACUCAAAGUGAUAAAAGGUUCCCAUAUCAGUUGAGUGGACUUUUUAAAAGUUAUUUGUGUAUUAUUCCGGUAUAAGUAGCAGGAGGUACCACAGUGCACUUGACAAGGUCAGAGGACAAAGUGGUGGAACUGGUUCUUCCCUUCAACUUUUAUCAAACCAAGGUCCCUAGACUUUCAUGGCAAGUGCUGCUACUCAGUGAACUAUGUUGCUGUUUAUUUGUUGUUGUUGUUGUUGCUUUAUUUAUGGUGUAUUCUUACACUAUCUUGUUUAGCCUAGUCCUUAUUCCCAGGGAUCAAACUUUUCUAAUGUCUCAGUGUAUUUAUAGGUAGAUCAGAGUUGUAGCCUACCUCAUCCAAUAUAAGAUCCCUAAGUAGCAUACACCUUUUGAGAUUGUUCAAGAUAUGUAUUGAUGAUUGUGGGAACAAGAGACCUUGGCUGGAGCCCCACUUCCUCACAGGUUGCCUAUCAUUAGAGAACUUCAUCCUUGAAUCAUCUGUAACCAGACUUCAUGGCUACCGGGAUUGCCAUGGGCUACGCUCAGCAAUACUUGGUGAUGGAUCUGUUACCUAUGGAACAAGGCAUGUUUGAACUCGGCAUAAGGCCAGAAUGCCUACCACUACUGCCACCACUCCCAGGACCCCCAUUGACAUAGGGCCUCCUCAUCGAUGUACCCAUCCCCCGAUCUGGGCCAUAGCAUUUUACCAGCCUUCCUCUGGUGCAAGGGUAACCAGCAUAUGAUUUACAGUUACAAUUUGAUAAAGUUUACAAAGAUAUCAUUCCAAGAUCCAUUCAGGAAAGCAUUUAGAAGGCGCAUUUGCACAGGUACAUUAGAUACACUCAUUGAAGUUACACAUGUAGCAUGAUAAAAAUGUGAACAACAGGCUUGUUGCACUAUCUACAGAGCAUCAAUUUGUUCCUAUAGUGAUGAACUUUGUUGAUUUAACCUCAGAAGCCCCAGCAGAAUAUGCGAAUUGAGUGCAUUCUGGGUAGACAGAGCUUUGCUAACUACCAGCAAGGCUGUUAAUGGUCUCUGCUUUGGUGGAAGAUUGGGCAACAGCAAUUCUGGCCACGGCUGCCACAAUGGCUGAUAUGGCAAUGGAUAUGACAACAGCGGCCUUGAUGCCAAAGUCUCAUAGGGUGAUACAGGAUGGUCUCCUCUUCUGAGUGUUGAUCUCCCAUCACCAUGGGAAUCAGGGAAGAAACCAGGAUGAUCAGAGCAUGAGAAUCUCCAGAUGGCCAGCAAUUACUCAGAACACAGGAGCUGGGAAAUCAAUUGAGAUACUCCCUCCCUUCUCUCGUCCCAUUCCAAGAAACAGAAAGGAAAGGAGGGAGCAAGCAGGCCAUGCUAACAAUAGAGAAUUUUCCCGCCCCCAUCUCAGUCUUGAGUGAUGUUUCGAAGACAGAGGACCCAUUCACCCGUUUUUGCCUUGUCGCUAAGAGACUCCUCCUCAUCCUUACUAACAAUGGUGCCUCUAGCUUCAGACAGGGUCUUUUCAGAUGAUUCAUCCUCACUCCCUGCCUCUGAAAACAGGGAGGCUUGAGUCUCAGUGUCAUGUAACUCUGAAAAAAACCUCUUUUGUGGCCUGACUACCUGGCAGAGGUGAACUUUAUUUGUCAAAAGUGCACCCCUCACUAAUCUCCAUAAGGAGAAUGUGGAUGGGGCCAAGGAUUCAGGUCCCUCUUUGUGUAAAAGUUUCUGAAGAUCACGGUGAAACCCCUCCCAAUCUGGGACAUUUAAGCCUCCCCCAGUAAUGAACCAUGGACCUGCUCAUUCAAUAUUUUAGAAAGCCUUCCAGGGUUUUAGCCUUGACUGUAGUCCCCUGUUCUUCAAGUGACUUUUUCACUUGAUACUGUAAUUCAAGCUUCCCGGGACUAUUCUCCAUCUUUUCUUUUCUUAUUUUCCCCAAUCUGUCCCUAGCAGGCAAAUCCACUUACCUUGAUUUCAGGUCUCAGUGGGACCUCCAAUUGCCACUUCCCCAUCAGCCUAGGAGAAGGCAGCUAUAACAGAUGUCUGCGACCACAGAAAAAAACAUAUUUAUUAAAAACAAUCCCGUGUCCAUAAAGAAAAAGAUGUUUACCGGAGCAAUAAGUUCCUGAUGUUUUCAGAAGGGCUCACCCAUGGGAACACCCUGACCCUGACUUUUCCGAUGACUAGCCGCCUCUUCCUGACCCCCCACCCCUGCCUCUGGUGUCAGGCUUUAUAACAGCCGGAAUAAGAAUAAAGCGAGCUUCUUUCACCACCAA